AUGCGAUUCAAGUUAGGUAAGCGAGUGGUUCGCUUCACACGAUGUUUCUUCCGGAGAUUCCGGACCCAACCCGUUUACGUUCGACUCGGUUUCUCACCGGAGAAGAGUAACAACAAAAUGAAGAAACUUCUGGCAUGGGGUCGGAAGUUAACAACAAAAGCAAAGUCUCUAUGUUCGAAGAAAAACUCCGGUUAUUUACCGGUUGGGUCCGACCCGGUUCAGGAAAGCGGGUCAACCGUUCCGAAGGGCUAUUUAGCGGUUUAUGUCGGUCAGAAAGACGGCGAGUUUCGCCGAGUUUUGGUGCCGGUGGUUUAUUUCAACCACCCUUUGUUCAGUGAGUUGUUGAAAGAAGCUGAGAAGGAGUAUGGGUUUUAUCACCAAGGUGGGAUAACGAUUCCGUGCCGGGUUAACGAAUUUGAACGGGUUAAGACCCGGAUAGAAUCCGGGUCGGGUGUACGGAAGCUUUCUCGGAGGAGGCUUCGUUGA